AUGCAUUUGAGACUGGUGUAUUAUCAUUCAGAAGAAAGACCCUAUGAAGAAGGCUUUCUGAAUGAGUCAACUUCAUGGAUGCGCCUCAUGCCUACAAAAGGCAAGGAUUCAUCUCUUUCUCACAAAUGGGAAGAUGUUCAUGAGACGUUAAUUGAUCUUACUACCAGCUUAAGUGAAGAAAAGAGAUUAAUUUUGCAUGUUACGGAGCUUGAGGUCACGAAAGAAGGGCUUUAUCAGAUUAGGGAUGUCUUGAUGGAUAAGAAUAUUGGAUAUCGAGAGGCAUUAGGUCAUUCAUCUCUGUGUUUGUUUACCCUUUUGUUGUACUAUCUUUACGGCUAUGUGAAAGACAUUGAAGUAGACAUUAGAGGGGGAGUUUAUAGACUUGAUGGUGAGAAUAAGUUUUGCUUAUAUAUGGGGAAGAUUUUGACAUCGGAUGAGGACAAGGUGGUUCGGAUUGGGGUAAAGCAACUAGAUAGCGCUCUUGGGGUGUUCAAGUUUGUGAUGGAAACAGCAGGGAUGAAAGGAGAUAUGGUUCUGCAAGGCCAUUUGCGGUGUGUUGGAACUGAGAACAGGUUGUUCCCAUAUAGAGGAAAUGCAUACUUAUUACGUGGAAUUAAUCUUUGA